UUGCUUUUUUGUCAGUGUCAAAAAUGUAUUGUUGUCUUGUGAAAUGUCAAAAGCACGCUGCACAUUAUUUUACUGCAAUAUUUAUUCGUUUUUAAUUCUACAAAUCAUAUAAAUUUUACGCGAAAAGUUUCAAUAAACUCAAUAAUAUGGCGCAGAAAAAAGGUAAAUUAAAGAUUAGUAGGGCGAAAAGGAACAACCAGACGACUAACAAGAUGAAGAAGCAAGGUAAACUGAAGCUACAGCGACACAGGCAAAAGAUUCAAAAGCAAAAGGUGCCAGUACAGACACAGCCAGAAUAUAGCAGUGAAAGUGAGUCUUCAAGUAACGAGUGGGCUGAUAUGCUGGACGAAGAAGAGCAGCAAUACAUAGCCAAUAGACUCGCCAAGCAGCCACAGUUGUUAUCUAACAUUCCAGAGAAUGAACAGGAGAACAAACGUGGUUCAAAACGCAAACGCAACAAAGAGAAACUCCCUAAACCAAUAAAGAGGGCUGACACAAACAUGAGUGACAGUGACAGUGGAGCAGAGAGUGACACGGAUGACAGUGAAGUGGAGGAGAAGUAUGAGAAGGAACUCUCUGAGAGGCCGAAGAAGAAGAUGAGGCCUCUACUGCCUAUCAAGACUAAGGAUGGUGUGAUGGAGAGAGCAGAAGAAUGUGAUGAGUCCGAAUCAGAACACGAAAAUGACAAUCAAGUGCAAAAAGCAGACAAAACUGACGAAACAAAUAGUGACUCGGGAUCAGACUCUGGCAUGGAGGUUAUUGAAGACAGUUCACAACCAACUGAAGGUGAAGAUGAGGUCACAACUGUGGAGCUGCUGGCUGCCAGACGGGACAAAUUGAGGCACGAUAAACUGAGGAUCGGUGCUCUCUGCUCCUCUUUGUUGGAGAGCCCUGAGAAAAAGCUAAAGAACCUAUUCCCAAUCCUAUACCUGAUGGAGGAGCGCUUGAAGGAUGGGGCACUGAACCUAUUAUCGGUGCGGAAGCUGGCCACAGUUUCCGCAGCAGAGGUGUUCUGGGACAUAUUGCCCGACUAUAAGAUACGGCAUCAAGACUAUGCAGAUAUUAAACUGAAGAAAGACACUUUAGCACUGUACAAGUAUGAAAAGGAGCUACUGGAAUUCUACAAGAGAUACCUACAAAGGCUGGAAAAGGCUGCUAAUGUUCUCAGAAGGAAAAAAGGGGAUAACAGAAAACUAGACGAGCCAACUAAAAGCCUAGCACUAGUAUCAAUCAAAUGCAUGGCCGGCCUCCUGGUCGCGCGACCCAACUUCAACUACGCGACCAACAUUGCGCAAAGCGUCAUCCCUUUCCUGGACAGCAGAGAGCACGCGGCGCGGCAAGUGGUCACCGACAGCUGUGAGCAAGUCUUUGCUGAAGACAAAAAGGGCGAAAUUACUCUUACUAUUGUGCGUCUAAUCAACCAACUGGUUAAGCGUCGCGGAGACCGCCUCGACCCUGCCGCCCUGGACUGCCUGCUCUCACUCAGGAUACAGGACGUGGAGCUGAACAAGCAGGCAGACAUACAGCAUAAGAAACGACAGGAGGAGAAACACAAGAAGAGGAUCGUCAACCUUUCCAAGAAAGAGAAGAAGCGCGCAAAGAAACUGAAAGAAGUAGAACGGGAACUGCUAGAGACUGAAGCGCAGGAGAACGAGGCGUCGCGCAAGAAACAGCUCACGGAGGUGACCAAGACGGUGUUCCACAUCUACUUCCGCCUGCUGAAGACUGCGCCGCGGUCCAGGCUGCUGGCCGCCGCGCUCAACGGACUCGCCAAAUUCACGCACGUAAUCAACCUGGAGUACUACUCCGACCUGGUGGCGAUCCUGUCGCGCCUCCUCAAGGACGAGCUGAUCGGGCACCGGGAGCGCCUGCUGUGCGUGCGCACCGUGCUCGCCGUGCUCUCCGGCGCCGGCGACGUGCUCAACGUGGACCCCGUGCACUUCCACAACCAUCUCUACGCUAACACGCUGCACGUGCAUGCAGGUGCAACACACGGCGACGCGUCAAUCAUCGUAGAGGCGAUAUGGGCGCUGUGCGGGCGCGCGCGCCGCGUGUCGCCGGCCGUGCUGCGCGCCUUCAGCAAGCGCCUGGUGACUGUCGCGCUGCAGUUGCAGCACAACGGCGCGCUGGCUGCGCUCGCGCUGCUGCACCACUUGACACAACAUAGCAAAGCAGUCUCAUCACUGUUCGAAACCGAUGAGACGGUGGGUUCGGGUCGUUUCGACCCCACGUUGCCGUCUCCGGAGCACUGCAACGCGCACGCCGCCAGCGCGUACGAGGCGUGCGUGCUACGGAGCCACUACCACCCCACCGUCCGCAGCGCUGCGGCAGCGCUGCUGGCGAGAGGCAGCUGGCCGCAGGAACUCAAUAAGCUAACGCCAAUGCAAAUAUUCUCUCAAUACGACGGGUCCCAGAUGUCGUUCAAGCCACCAGUGCCGCCGCCGAAACCCAGCGCCCAGCCUGCCAAGACCAAGCCUGCCCACGCGUGGGCACAACCUCACCUCAAGGCCCACUGUCAUGAUAUAGAGGAGAAUGUCCCGAUGACAUUUAGUGAAAACAUCGUUAGAUGAAUAUGUAUUGAAGUACAAUAAAUAUUAGUAGAUACUUAAUAAAUAUU